AUGGAUUUUUAUAAAAAGAAUUUAAAAAAAAAUGAUGAGAAUGAAGAAUUAUCAAAUUUAUUUAAGAUACCAAAAAAAGAUAAUAAUAAAACAACACCACAUAUCUUAGAGUUUAAAGAAAAUGAUAAACAACAAGCAGAUUUAUUAUUUCUCCCAGUUGACAAUGGUUAUAAAUAUGCAUUAGUAGUAGUUGAUUUAGGUAGUAGAUUAACAGAUGCAGUAGCACUAAAAGCAAAAUCGGCAGAAGCAAUGAUACAAACAGACCCAGGAUCAGAGUUCAAAGGAGUAGUAAAGAGAUAUUUCGAUGAGAAAGGUAUUUAUAUUCGUUAUGGUCGGCCUGGUAGACAUCGCCAACAAGCACUGGUUGAGCAACGUAAUAAGAUCAUAGGUAAGUUACUCUUUAUGAGAAUGACUGCAGAAGAGUUACUAACAGGUACUAAGUCUAUAUCAUGGGUAGAAGAUCUUCCGCUUGUUAUUGAAGCUAUCAAUGAAAGAUACAACAGAGAUAAAGAAGAAAGAGAUAGAUUAAAAAAGAAAGUACCAGAUAAACCAUUAGGUGACGGUCAGGAUUUAUUAAAGGAAGGUACUAUUGUUAGAGUACAAUUAGAUGAACCUAUAGAUGUCACUACAGCUACAUUAACAUCGGCGAUUACAAACGAAUCAACAACCACCAAAUUGGCAGGUAGAUUUAGAGCAUCAGAUAUUCGAUGGAAUCCAAAACCUACAAAGAUAGAUAGAAUAUUAUUAGAACCAGGAAAGCCACCAAUGUACUUUGUAAUUUCACCACCAUACAUACCAUAUACUCGCAAUCAAUUACAGAUAGUAGAACCAGGCGAAAAAAAACCUCAUCCAUCAACUAUUCGUGGGGAACCAGAUGAAUACAUUGUGGAAAAAAUAUUAUCAAAAAAGAAGAUUGGAAAUAGAUGGUAUUAUCUGGUUAAAUGGCGUGGUUAUGAUGAUCCAAAAGAUAACACAUGGGAAUUGAAAACAAAGUUGAUGGAAGAUGUACCAGAUAUUGUUAAUCAAUAUGAACAAUUUGACGACUUUGUGUUGAAUAUUUAG